UCCAACGAAAGUUACGCCACUGCUUCCCAAAUCAAAAUGGAAAUUUGUUGAUUUUUUGAAAUUCGAUUUUACAAAACGCUAUUUUUAAUAUUAAAUGAUAAUAAGAAAAAUGGUUCACAUUAAAUGUCGGUCCAAUUAUUACCCAUUCGGUGCUAUAAAAAGAUUAAACUUUCCCGAUAACUUGGUGCCAUGGACUGCUGCCUUCAACGAGUACAAUCCACCCGAAUACAACUCUCCCAAUCUACUCGGUAAACCUUGGGCCGAUCCCGAUAUUGCAGACCCAAAGUUUCACCCGCAUUGGAACGAGCUGGAUGGUGCAGUGAACCGUAAAAGUCACAUGGGUGUUUAUCCGGUCACCGACGGUAAGCCACUCAAUCCGAGGGGACGUACGGGCCUUACAGGGAGAGGGGUAUUGGGAAGAUGGGGACCAAACCACGCCGCCGAUCCUGUUGUGACCCGAUGGAAGCUGUGCGACGACGGUAAAAGAGAAAUUGACCAGUCCACAAAUUUGUAUAUCUUACAGUUUUGCGCUAUCAAGCGGAGAGAUUCGGAUGAGUGGGCCCUGCCCGGUGGAAUGGUGGAUCCGGGCGAGCAUGUCAGCAGUACGCUACAAAGGGAGUUUUUAGAGGAGGCCUUGAAUUCUUUAGAAAGCUCACCAGCUGAAUUGGAAAGUAACAAGAAGAUGAUUGCCAACUUUUUCACUAGCGGCAACGAGAUUUAUAAAGGUUACGUCGACGAUCCGCGCAACACUGACAAUGCCUGGAUGGAAACGGUGGCUGUGAAUUUUCACGACGAGGACGGCAAUUUGGUGGGAAAGUUUCGGCUUAACGCGGGAGAUGACGCGAAAAGCGUUCAGUGGAUGGAUAUCGAUCAAAGUCUGGCGCUUUAUGCCAGUCAUUCGCUGUUUAUCCAAACGGCGGCCAUGCUUCACGGGGCACAUUGGUAAACGCCUUGCAAUGGUCGGGUUGUUGGAAGAUGCAUGCAAAUCUGAGAUAUACAGAGUGAAGGGUUACGCAAAAAGUAGUUUGCUGUAACUUUUUGGAAUCACUCUCUACACUUUGCACCACUGCAUCUUCUCCAGUCUCGCAUGCAUUUUCUGUCCGACCCUGUACAUGUUAUUAAAAUAAGUCGUACUUGUUUAAAACAUAUUUAUUUACAAUAUUAAUUGCUUAGUUUGCAUCCUGGAUUCACCAAAGCCUCCAGUUGUUCAUAAUUUGAUAAUCUGCUAGUAUAUAUGUACAACAUAAAAUAUAUAUAAAUUUUUCAAUAAAUACCUUAUCUAAUGAA